UUGGAUCAAUCUAUUGUUCUGCGUUAUCUCUCGCGUUGUUACCGUUGUUUGCAUCUGCCGAUCCAAGAGUUGAGUUAAUUACCAAGAGCUAACAUAAUUUGUACUCUAGCUUUGACUUGACGUUUAAGCAGCGUCUGCUGCUUUCAUUCGCCGUAUAUUGUAUACAGAAGGGCCGCUUCUCAAGAGGCAUCUAGAUACCUCCGACCCUCGUAAUACUCCAUACCUCAUCUGGCCAUACCCCUCUGUUUGCCUGACAUGGGCCUUCCUGCCGACUUCGACGAUAGACAAACACAGUUAGAGUCCGAGGCCGAUGCCUACCAUCCUUAUGAAUAUCAGACAGAUAACAAUGACUCCUGGGCCGGUGCCCUUCCGGUAAAGCAAGGAUUGUACGAUCCAAGCUUGGAAAAAGAUGCAUGUGGUGUCGGUUUUGCUUGCCACAUCAAGGGCAAGGCAAGCCACAAAAUUGUCAGCGAUGCUCGCAACCUUCUUUGUAACAUGACCCAUCGUGGUGCGGUUGGUUCCGAUGCUCGAGAUGGCGAUGGUGCUGGUGUUAUGACUUCAAUCCCCCAUAGGUUCUUUAUCAAGAAUUUCGAGAGGGAGGAAAAUAUCAAACUACCCCCCUUGGGACAAUAUGCUGUGGGAAACCUUUUCUUCAAGCCGGAUGAGGAGACGUUACAGGAGUCGAAGAGGCAAUUGGAAGACAUUGCUGAAUCGUUAGGAUUAAGAGUUUUGGGUUGGCGAUCACCUCCUGUAGACUCUUCUCUCCUUGGUCCUGCUGCAUCCUCACGAGAGCCAUUCAUUCUACAGCCCUUUGUCGUGCUUGCAUCUGCGUAUGGCUCUGGAAAUGCUCCUGAAAUGACGGACCCAGAGAAAUUCGACGAACGGCUAUUCGAGCGACAGUUAUAUGUCCUUCGAAAGCGUGCCACUCAUUCCAUCGGUCUGCAUAACUGGUUCUACCUGUGCUCCCUUUCAAACAAGAAUAUUGUGUACAAGGGACAGCUUGCUCCAGUCCAAGUUUAUCAGUACUACCAUGAUUUGGUAAAUGCCGAUUACGAGGCUCACUUUGCUCUCGUCCACUCUCGUUUUUCAACGAAUACCUUCCCUUCAUGGGAUCGUGCUCAACCACUUCGAUGGGCUGCCCACAACGGUGAGAUCAACACUCUCCGCGGUAAUAAGAACUGGAUGCGCGCUCGAGAGGGUGUCAUGCAAUCUGACAUUUUUGGUGAUGAGCUUGAGCAUCUGUACCCGAUCGUCGAAGCCGGUGGCUCCGACUCGGCUGCUUUCGAUAACGUUUUGGAACUGCUUACCAUCAAUGGCGUUCUUUCGCUACCCGAAGCUGUCAUGCUCAUGGUCCCCGAGGCCUGGCAAGGUAACACUGCCAUGGAUCCCAAGAAGGCUGCGUUCUAUGAAUGGGCGGCAUGCCAAAUGGAGCCAUGGGAUGGUCCUGCUCUCUUCACAUUCGCCGACGGUCGAUUUUGCGGUGCCAACUUAGACCGAAAUGGUCUCCGUCCUUGCCGAUACUAUAUCUUGGAUGACGACCGCAUUAUUUGCGCCUCUGAAGUCGGUACGAUCCACGUCGAUCCUGAACGGGUUAUCCAAAAGGGACGUCUGCAACCUGGCCGUAUGCUUCUUGUUGAUACACAAGCCGGUCGCUUGAUCGACGAUUCGGAACUCAAGGCGACUGUAUCUAGUCGCAAUGACUUCCGCUCGUGGAUCGACAAGGAGCUUAUUAGCUUACCCAAAGUCCUAAGCCAAGUGUCCGAGGGAAAAGCCAUCGAUGUAGCUGCAAAGCCAGAUUCCACGCGCCUUCAGGAAGACCCCCUGUUGCUUGCAUUCGGAUAUACCCACGAACAGGUCAGCUUGCUCCUUGCGCCUAUGGCAUCAGAUGAGAAGGAAGCAUUAGGAUCUAUGGGCAAUGACGCUCCAUUGGCUUGUCUUUCUCAGGCUCCUCGCCUCCUUUAUGAAUACUUCCGACAGCUCUUUGCUCAGGUCACCAACCCUCCUAUCGACCCGAUCCGAGAAUCUAUUGUUAUGUCCCUAGAGUGUUAUGUUGGACCACAAGGCAACUUGCUCGAGAUGGACCCUUCUCAGUGCGGUCGAUUACUACUCCCGAGCCCGAUUCUCUCUAUCCCCGAAUUUAACGCUUUGACACAUAUGUCCAAGUUGCACUCCGAUUGGACUGUGAAGACUAUUGACCUCACAUUCCCCAAGUCGGAGGGUGUUGCUGGCUACAUGAAGCACCUCGAUUUCAUCUGUAAUGAAACUACUGCGGCUAUCGAGGCCAGGGAUAGAAUUAUUGUCCUUUCCGACCGAAAGACGUCUACUGACCGUGUUGCUGUUUCAUCGCUCUUGGCUUCAGGUAUGGUUCACCACCACCUUGUUAGUAACAAAUGGCGAUCAAUGGCGGCUAUUGUGAUCGAGACUGCAGAGGCUCGUGAAGUCCACCAUAUGUGUGUCUUACUUGGUUACGGUGCCGAUGCUGUCAACCCCUACCUUGCCAUGGAGUGUAUCCUGAAGCUCAACCGUGAGGGGUUGAUCAGGAAGAAGCUUUCCGAUGAUACCCUCAUCGCUAACUACAAGCACUCUUGCGAUGGUGGUAUCCUCAAGGUCAUGAGCAAGAUGGGUAUAUCUACCCUAGCCAGUUAUAAGGGUGCUCAGAUUUUCGAAGCACUUGGUGUUGACGAUGAGGUUGUUGAGCGAUGCUUCAGAGGAACAGCUUCCCGUAUCAAGGGUCUUACCUUCGAACUCAUUGCUGAGGAUGCGUUCCGUUUCCAUGAACGUGGUUUCCCCUCGCGCCAAACUAUUGGAGUACCAGGUCUACCCGAGUCCGGCGAGUACCACUGGCGUGAUGGUGGCGAAGCCCAUAUCAACGACCCGACUUCCAUCGCGAAUAUCCAGGAUGCGGUCCGCACCAAGAACGACAAGUCGUAUGAGGCUUACUCGCGCUCGGAAUAUGAGCAGAUCAAGGCUUGCACUCUUCGUGGUAUGCUUGACUUCAAGUUUGAGGAAUGCAACCCGAUUCCUAUUGAGCAAGUUGAGCCGUGGACCGCUAUUGUUACGAGAUUUUGCACGGGCGCCAUGUCUUAUGGUUCGAUUUCCAUGGAGUCUCACUCUACCCUAGCCGUUGCUAUGAAUCGAUUAGGCGGCAAGUCCAACACCGGUGAAGGUGGUGAGGACCCCGAGCGAUCCCAAGUGAUGCCGAACGGUGAUACUAUGAGAUCCGCCAUCAAGCAGGUCGCCUCCGGACGAUUUGGUGUAACGUCAGCGUACCUUGCCGACUCCGAUGAGCUUCAGAUCAAGAUGGCACAGGGUGCCAAGCCCGGUGAAGGUGGUGAACUCCCUGGACACAAAGUUUCUAAAUCUAUUGCCCGAACUCGUCACUCCACCCCCGGUGUCGGUCUUAUCUCACCUCCUCCUCACCACGACAUCUACUCCAUCGAAGAUUUGAAACAACUCAUCUACGAUCUCAAAUGCUCAAGCCCCCGAUCUCGUGUCUCAGUCAAGCUCGUAUCCGAGACAGGUGUUGGUAUUGUCGCUUCCGGUGUUGCCAAGGCUAAGGCUGACCAUAUUCUCAUUUCCGGACAUGAUGGCGGCACUGGUGCUAGUAGAUGGACCGGAAUCAAAUAUGCUGGUCUCCCGUGGGAACUUGGUCUUGCCGAAACACACCAGACCUUGGUUUUGAACGAUCUACGUGGACGUGUCGUGGUCCAGACCGACGGACAGCUACGAACUGGUCGCGAUGUUGCUAUCGCCUGUCUGCUUGGUGCUGAGGAAUGGGGUUUCGCCACGACUCCUCUAAUUGCUAUGGGUUGUAUCAUGAUGCGGAAGUGUCACUUGAAUACAUGCCCCGUCGGAAUCGCGACACAAGACCCUGAACUGCGAAAGAAGUUCACCGGAACACCUGAGCAUGUGAUCAACUUCUUCUACUAUGUCGCUAACGAGCUCAGGGCGAUCAUGGCUCAGCUCGGUUUCCGAACUAUCAACGAAAUGGUAGGACACGUCGAGUGCCUCAGGGUCCGGGAUGAUCUCCGAACUAACAAGACAUCUAACAUUGAUCUCUCCCUUAUCCUUACUCCUGCCCAUAAGCUCCGACCCGGAGUUUCCACUUUCCAUGUCCGCCGCCAAGACCACCGUCUCCACGUGCGACUAGAUAAUAAGCUUAUCUCCGAAGCCGAGUUGACCCUGGAUAAGGGACUUCCAUCUCGCAUUGAGUGUGAUAUUGUUAAUACGGAUCGUGCCAUGGGUACGUCGCUUUCGUACCAGAUAUCCAAACGUUAUGGAGAAGCUGGUUUACCCAUGGACACGGUCCAUGUGAACAUCAAGGGUUCAGCCGGUCAAUCAUUCGGUGCCUUCCUUGCUCCUGGUAUCACGUUAGAGCUGGAAGGUGAUGCCAACGAUUAUGUCGGUAAGGGUCUGUCUGGUGGUCGACUCAUUAUCUACCCCCCUCGGUCGGCUGUGUUUAAGGCAGAGGAGAAUAUCUUGAUCGGUAACGUCUGCUUGUACGGAGCAACCAGCGGUACAUGCUUCUUCCGAGGUGUUGCAGCCGAGCGAUUUGCUGUCAGAAAUUCAGGAGCUACGGCUGUUGUUGAGGGUAUUGGUGACCACGGUUGCGAGUACAUGACUGGUGGUCGUGUUGUUAUCCUAGGUAACACAGGUCGCAACUUUGCCGCUGGUAUGUCGGGAGGUAUUGCCUACGUUCUCGAUAUCCAUGGAGACUUCAUAUCCAAACUCAACAUGGAGAUGGUUGAAGCUUCUGAGGUUGAUGAUCCUACCGAAAUUGCUUUCCUGCGUGGCCUCAUCGAAGACCACCACCAUUACACUGGAUCCGAGUUGGCUGCACGUAUCCUUGUCGAUUUCAACAGGGCGCUCCCACGCUUCGUCAAGGUCCUUCCGGUUGACUACAAGCGGGUCCUUCAAGAGGAGGCCGCUAAGGCUGCCGAGGCUAAGCGCGCUGAGUAUAACCUUCCAAUCGUGUCUGGUGUCCAGGCGAAGAAGGAAGAGAAAGCUGCUAAACUCCAAGAUAUCGAAGAAACAGUUGGUGACAAUGCGUCCGAGAAGAAGCGUGCUCUUGUUCUUGACAAGACCAAGGGUUUCAUGAAGUAUCAGCGACGAUCCGAGAAGUAUCGCAACGCCAAGACCAGGACUAAGGAUUGGGCCGAGCUUUCUCAACGUCUAAACGAAGACGAACUCAAGUACCAGUCAGCUCGAUGCAUGGACUGUGGUGUCCCCUUCUGCCAAUCCGAGACAGGAUGCCCGAUCUCCAACAUUAUUCCAAAGUGGAAUGAACUGGUAUUCCAGAACCAAUGGCAAGAUGCUCUUAACCGUCUACUCAUGACUAACAACUUCCCCGAGUUCACUGGCCGCGUUUGCCCUGCUCCUUGUGAGGGUGCUUGUGUGCUUGGAAUUAACGAAGACCCCGUUGGUAUCAAGUCAAUCGAGUGCGCUAUUAUUGACCGUGGCUUUGAGAUGGGAUGGAUGGUACCACGACCACCUAAGGUCCGAUCUGGCAAGACGGUUGCUAUCAUCGGUUCCGGUCCCGCAGGUCUUGCUUGUGCCGAUCAGUUGAACAGAGCCGGUCACCUGGUUACUAUCUACGAGCGUGCUGAUCGGGCUGGUGGCUUGCUCAUGUACGGCAUCCCCAACAUGAAGCUUGAUAAGCGUGUUGUCAAACGUAGGACAGACUUCAUGGCUGCCGAGGGUAUAUUGUUUAAGACAGGCGUUACUAUCGGAGAGGAUAUCACGUUGAGAGUCCUCAAGGCUAACCAUGACGCCGUCGUCAUUGCUACCGGUGCUACUGUUGCCCGAGACCUUCCGAUCAAGGGUCGCAACCUUGAAGGCAUCCACUUUGCCAUGGAGUUCUUACACAAGAACACCAAGUCUCUGCUUGACUCUGAGCUAGCCGAUGGCGCCUACCUCUCUGCUAAGGACAAGGAUGUUAUAGUUAUUGGUGGCGGUGAUACUGGAAACGAUUGUAUUGGUACUUCGGUCCGUCAUGGUGCGAAAUCGGUCAUCAACUUCGAACUUCUACCGCAGCCUCCACCACAGCGUGGCCGCGAUAACCCCUGGCCACAGUGGCCCCGUAUCUACCGUGUUGACUACGGCCACACGGAAGUGGCUCAGCACAUGGGCAAGGACCCUCGUGAAUACUGUAUCAUGUCCGAGGAGUUUGUCGAUGAUGGCGAGGGACGCGUUAAGGGUAUCAAUACUAUUCGCGUCGAGUGGACUAAGUCUGCUACCGGCGGUUGGGAUAUGAAGAAGCUUGAAGAUACAAAGCAGUUCUUCCCUGCCGAUCUUGUCCUUCUUUCCAUGGGUUUCCUUGGUCCCGAGGCCCGAGUACUUGGCGAGGAUAUCGAGAAGGAUGCCCGCAAGAAUGUUAAGACGCCUGCUGGUUCAUAUGCCACCAACGUCCCUGGCAUUUUCGCCGCUGGUGAUUGCCGUCGUGGCCAGUCAUUAAUUGUUUGGGGUAUCAACGAAGGACGACAAGCUGCUCGCGAAGUCGACCUUUUCCUCUCCCGCUACACCAAUCUACCUGUCACCGGUGGCAUCAUUAAGCAAACGGCACAGGAGAUUUUCAGCGUCGUCGCGGCGUAAAAAAACAAAAGUUUUGUUGACAACGAAAUUGAUAUGAAGUUCAUGUACAGCUAUGUCAAAAGCUAGAUUUUUUUGGACAGGCUCGCUGCUGUUACGAUUUGAUUUACGAUACCACGAAAAAGGGGCGAGAAUGUUCGUUGGCGGUUCGGAAAAACAGAAUACCUCUUUUUAUGUCAGUCAUCUUUUCUUGUUUGAUAUGAUAGCAUGGAGUUAUUAUUUGUUUACGAAAGUGUACGGGUUGUAUAUAUGAUACUCUAGUUAGGCGAAUAUAUAUUGUGUAUUUUACAUAUGUCUUGAUGCUUGAUGAAUUGUGAUGGGGGUUUUGGUACUGUGUUUAUUUUGAUAUGAGAAGGAUCUUAUUCAAGAUUCGUAUAAACAUUAUCAUUCC